AUGGACUCGCAAAAGCCGGUACACACCAUUGUCCUGGAUACUGGUUCCAUCAUUCGCAACAACCCUACUGUAUCGACCCUUCUCGCCCAAUCCGAGCAAAUUGUCACCGUCCCCGCCAUCAUCACCGAGAUUAGAGAUGCUGCCACCCGCACCCGUGUCGAGACGCAACUUAUGCCCUUCUUGACCAUUCGCUCACCAACUCCUGCGAGUAUAAAGUUUGUCACCGACUUUGCCCGCAGGACUGGUGAUUUGGAUGUUCUUUCGAAGCCUGAUAUCCAGAUUGUCGCCCUGGCCUACGAGUUGGAAUGCGAACGCAAUGGUGGCGACUGGAGAUUGAGAAGAGCUCCUGGACAGAAGGGCAUGAACGGCAAGCCUCCAGUCAAGGAGGAAGUCAAGUCUGAGGAGAAGGAUGAGGCCAAGCAAGAGGAGGCUACAGAGAUCAAGCAGGAGGAGACCACCGAAGCUGUGCCCGAACAAACAACUACCGAUGCCUCUGUCCAGCAGAUUUCUGAAGAUCUAGCGCAGACAAAGAUCGAGGCAGUAAAAAACACCGCUCCAAAAGAGCCUGUCCCUGCUCAGGACUCUCAAACCGUCGAGACCCCUCAAGAGGAAGCCGACGAUUCGGGCGAAGACUCUGAUGGUGGCUGGAUUACACCCUCGAACCUCAAGAAGCACCAAGAAAAAGAUUCGGCAGGCAGCACCGAGAGCAUUCAAAACGUCCAAAGCGUCCUGCAAGUUGCAACCCUGACGACUGAUUUCGCCAUGCAAAACGUGCUUUUGCAAAUAAACCUCAACCUGCUCUCACCCACCAUGCAACGCGUCAAGCACCUCAAGACCUACAUUCUGCGCUGCCACGCCUGCUUCUGCACGACAAAAGAAAUGAGCAAGCAAUUCUGCCCCAGAUGCGGAAGCCCCACGCUUACCAGAGUGGCUUGCAGCACAACAUCCAACGGAGAAUUCAAAUUGCACCUGAAAAAGAACAUGCAAUGGAACACCCGUGGCGAUCGCUUCAGCAUUCCCAAACCUGUGCAUGGAAGCGCGAACGGAAGAGUCCAAGGUGGAGGUAAAGGACACUGGGGCAACGAUCUGAUUCUUGCAGAGGAUCAGAAGGAAUAUACCAGACAUAAUGAGGCUGAGAAAAGAAGGAAGGAGAGAGACUUGAUGGACGAGGAUUAUCUGCCUAGCAUCUUGACUGGAGACCGCAACAGCAGAGCUGGUGGCAGGAUGAAGGUUGGUGGUGGUCGCAAUGUCAACUCAAGAAAGCGAUAG